ACCGCCGGAGACAGAGGAAGGAAAUAUGUCAUGUGUGUGUGUGUGUGAAAGAGGGGGAAAGAAUUUGUGUAUUUAAAGACGUGUUUGUCCUUGCAUGACUGCUUCCCUCUCCACUCUCUGCUCAGACGUGUUGUGUCCCACCGCUUACUCACUCUCCAAGUAUGCUCCCCUUCCAGGCGGCACCGGGUCAGUUUGGUCCAGAGGUCCGGGAGCCGGGCCUCCGAGUGUGGAGGGUGGAGAAGAUGAAGGCAGUGCUGCUGGAUCCCUCCAUGGUGGGAGCCUUUUAUAACGGGGACUCCUACCUGGUGCUGGAGAACCGCGGCGAAUCGGGAGCCGACCUACACAUGUGGAUAGGUGAGAAGUCGUCUAAAGAUGAGCGGGUGGCGUGUGCCAUGCUGGCCACCCAGUUGGACAACUUCCUGGGCGGUGACCCCGUUCAGCACAGGCAGGUUCAGGGCAACGAGUCCCCGGAGUUCAUGGCUCUCUUCCCCAGAGGAGUCAGCUACAAGGAGGGUGGUGUAGAGUCGGGCUUCAGGAGGACUCAGGGCUCCGGGACGGUGCACAGGUUGUACCAGAUCAAAGGGAAACGCAACAUCCGUGCCAAGGAGGUGGAGCUGUCCUGGAGCAGCUUCAACAAAGGGGACUGCUUCAUCCUUGACCUUGGAGAGGUCAUUGUGUCAUGGAUCGGGUCGCAGGCCAACAUCUUUGAGAAGCAGAAAGUGCGUGAGAUCGCCUCACUGAUUCGUGACACGGACAGACACGGUAAAGCCCGGAUCGUGGACACCAACGAGGGGGAAGAGCCGGAGGAGAUGCUCAAUGUCCUGGGAAAGAUGCCAGAGCUGGCAGAGAGCACGCCAGAAGAGGACAGCAAAGCAGACGCUUCCAACUCUGCCUCCCUCUACAAGGUGUCUGAUGCGACAGGUUCAAUGAAGAUAACCAACGUGGCGGAGAAGAGCCCGUUUGGCAAGGAGAUGCUGGUUCGUGACGAUUGCUUCAUUCUGGAUAACGGCGCCAAUGGAAAGAUCUUUGUCUGGAAAGGUAAUGGAGCAAACGCUGAGGAGAAGCGGAUGGCCCUACAGAUGGCGGAUAACUUCAUCGACAAAAUGAAGUACCCCAGGAUGAAAACACAGGUGGAGAUUCUGCCACAGGGGAAGGAGACCAUCAUCUUCAAGCAGUUUUUCAAGAACUGGAACUAAACAUUUCAUGGGAACAUUUGACAAAUCCUGCACUCAAGAAGAAGCUGUACAUCUGAAAAAACACACAGCGCCUUUUUCCAUUUUUUUUAUAUGCAUUAACUUGUAUGUACAUAUUUGUAAGGUACCAUGCUGACAGUGUACGCUGUAGCUUGUUUUGGACUUGGUAGAAUCAUUUUUCAGAUAUAAAAAUGAACUUUAGGUCAAUUAGUUUGGAUUUUCUUUUUUUUACAUUGGUUCUAGUGUCACAAAUUUGACUGCAUUUGAGAAAUAAACCCUGAAACUGCUACUUGUAGAAGAA